AUGCAUAACGGGUAUUCAAUGAUAGAUGGAGAUACCCUCACAGAACUAGAGUCUGAAAGGUUACCAAAUGAGUGGUCUGCACAAACAUAUGAGUUGUUCACGUUAAAUCAGGCCUUAAAAUUUCUGCAAAUCAAGAAGGAACAAUCUAUACAGACUCCAGGGCUGCUACAGUUUGCUGGGGGCCUGCUCCAGUCCCUAGUUGCCUCGGAUUUUCCAGUACCUGAAGGUAUCACCAGUGAAGGCUAUGUAACAGGAAAGAUGGCAGUCUGCCCCUUCUUCUGGGAGGUUCUAGAGAAGCCAUCAGAGUCAGUGGAGGAUGAGCUUCAUAAAGUGGGAGAUCUCCAGGAUCCUUCCUGGACUCCAAGAUACCCAGAGAAGCCGGAUCCUGUGUCCCGGAACCCCCUUCCUGCUCCUCUGUGGGCCCUGAUCUUGGGGAGAACUGGGCUGGCCGCCGGGCUCCGCCUUCACCACUUGGGCCCUGAGUUCCUCAGCGGCGCCUUCGUGGGCGACACGCGAUUCCUGAGCUUCCACAGCCGCGACGAGAAUCGGAGCGUGAAGCCUCGGGCGCCGCGGGUGGAGAAGAUGGGACAGGGCUAUGGGCGCCCUGAGGAAAGUUCUCGAAGACCGCAGGGAAUGUUACUGAGGGGCCUGAGGUUCCUGGGCCGGCACCGCCACCAGGGUCAGCCAGUGAGUGACAUCAGACUCCGGGCACAGGUGUCCGCCCCCCGACCGCAGAGUGACCGGCCCGGGUCUCCCAGGGAUGGGGGGCGGGGCCUCAGCUGAUCCCUCUCAGGUGCGGAAGCGCUGGGGACAUUUUGCUGCAGGUUUCUCCUUCAAUCUGGAUUAUGACUGACUUGUUCUGUGACCAAUGACAGAGGGAGGAAGGAGCUGGGGUGGGCGGGGCGACCUCCCUCCCCGCCCUGGUCCCGCCUCCGGCUCGCCCUGGGGCUGGUCCAGGGCACCGCACCUGCAGAUGCUGCUGCCUGGCUGGGCGGUGGCUCCGGACAGGAGCUUCCUCGGAGGACACUUUAAGUCCGCCUACCACAAGGAGAUUUCAUGUCCCUGAACGAGGACCUGCAGACCUGGACAGCGGCUCAAAGAGCAGCUUGGAGGAUCCAGCGCGCUUGGGAGAGGUUCUGGACCGCGGAGGCCACAAGGGAAAGUCCGAUGGGUCACUGCACUAGGUGGCUGCUCAGACACCUGGAGCAUGCAAGGAGAUGAUGCUGCCGGCAGGUACUGGGGUCUUCCGGACCCCACGUCAGGACCUCUCGGAGCCGGAAUUAUGUUCCUUGGAGGCAUCCAUAUUUGAGGAAAGAGGAGACCGAACAGCCUCCUCGUCCUCCUCCUCCUCCUCCUCUUCCUCCUCUUCCUCCUCUUCCUCCUCCUUCUCCUCAUUCUCCGCCUCCUCCGCCUCCUCCUCCUCCGCAUUUCUACUGCGAGGUUGGGGAUUCUGGUCCAGGCUCCUGAGGCUCUCCCAUGGUUGGGUGGGGAGGGAGGACAGAGAAGAAGGAGUGCAGGGAGGUAAAUAGGAAAGGACAGUAGUUACCCUUGUCAACAAUGAUGUACUUGGGUCCAGCUUCACCGGGAAUCUUUUUCUUUCCUGGUCCUCUGUGCCCAACAAUUACAUAUAAUCUUUAACCCAACCAGAAGAUAAAACACCAGGAAACGGAAUCAGCAGAGACACAGUGGAUGAAAGUACCAGGAAGGACUGCUAGGUUCCAAUAGAAAGUGGCAGAUAUUCUUAAAUUUCUUAAAAGAGAUUGAAUUGGAAUUACCCAGGCCCCAAACUGAAUCGACGAAUUGGGAGUGUGUAAUGUGCCUGUGUCUCUCUGUGCACAUGUGGAUAUAUAAACAGGCCUUUCUGCUUCAUCGAAACUUGGAAACAAGGCAGAAGACAGAGUCAUCGAGUAAUACAGAAGUGGGGCUGUCAUAUGACCUCAUUGCAGAAGUGACAUCAUUUUUGCCACUUUCUAUUGGUUAGAAGCAAGUUUAGGUCCCAUCGGUUCUCAGCUGGAUGAGAUGCCAAGAGACAGGAUCACCGGGCAUUGUCUUAGGGUCUCUAUGCACAGGCUGGACCAUGACUGAACAAGAUCAUUACAAACCCGGAUCCUGGACUGGGCCAGAUGAUCUGCGGAGCUGAGCUGUGUUUAUGAAAUCAAAGCCCUGGAAACAAAAAUCAAGAGAUGCCCACUGGAAAGGCUGGUCUUGCAUUCUGUGUGAAAGCUAAGAUGGCGUUCUCUCCAAAUGUUUUUCUCUAUUACUUUUCAAACCUCCUGCAUCUGUAAAGAAGCAACACCACUAAACCUAUCUGUUUUUUUUUUUUUCAUUCGAAUGUCAUACUGUUAGGCAAAUCUUCUCCUUUCACUAUUUCUUCAAGCUUGUUUUCAUGCAGAAUCCCACAAACUUCUGGUAAUUACACUUUGUUGAUUUCUUUGCCUUCACUCAGUUUAUUUUUUAGUGAUUUUAUUUCUCUUGUAUGGAUAAAUUAGUCCAUUUAAUUAGGGAAUUUGUGUCUUCUAAAUAAACCUUUCUACUAUUUUUUGGA